GCAUUGAUUGUUGGCCGUUACUCUUCCUGGCUGGCAGGUCAGCCUGGCUGGCAGGCUGGACGCUUGAGCUCCCUCCUGCUGGACUGGACGGUGGGCUUCCCGCUAGGCUGGAGGAAGGCUUCUCACCGGGCUGGAGGCAGGCUCUCGGGUAGGCUGGAAGGCAGGCUCCCGGGUAGGCUGGAAGGCAGGCUCCCCGAUGGGCUGGAGGCAGGCUCCCACCUGGGCUGGACCGCGGGCUCCCAGUUGGGCUGGAUCGCAGGCUCCCAGCGGGCUGGUGGUCGGCUAGGCUGGAAGGCAGGCUCCCGGGUAGGCUGGAAGGCAGGCUCCCCGAUGGGCUGGAGGCAGGCUCCCACCUGGGCUGGACCGCGGG